GUUCUCUUAUCGACGGGCCGUCAUGUUUCCGGUAUAGAUGCAGGCUCUAGCAUCCAGAUGUGUUGUUGACGCUGUGUGAUGGCUCCAGUGUUUCCUGCAGAUGUUCAGCAGCUGUUGGUGAUAAAAGAAGAGAUUCCCUAUGAAUGCAGCCCUAAUCUGGACCAUCAUGACUCAGAGCUUCUUCACAUAAAGGAGGAACAGGAGGAACUCUGGAAAAGUCAAGAGGGAGAACAGCUCAGUGGGCUGGAUAAUAACUCUGGGUUCCCAUUCACUGAGGUUCAUGUGAAGAGUGAAGAUGAUGAUGAGAAACCUCAGUUCUCAACGCUUCAUCAAAGCCAAACUGAAAACAGCAGAGAGACAGAGCCUCCAGCUAGCAGCUCAGCUGAACAGAUAAAAACAGAAAUCAGUGAAGAAGACAGUGGACCAUCAGAAUCAGAACCACAUGCAAACUGUCAUUUACAAUCUAAUACUGAUGGAGAGACUUCAGAGUCUUCUGAGACGGAAGUCAGUGAGGACGAUGAUUGGCAGGAACCUUUGUCAGAUUUUGGACCAGAAACUGAUGACAACGACAGCACGUUAAACAACAGCAGAGCACCUGGGUCAUGUGUAAAUAAGGAUGUGGGAUUUAAGAUUGCAAAACAGUCUUUAGGUUGCUCUGAGUGUGGUAAACAGUUUGUCUGCAAGCAGUCUCUUCGGAAGCAUGUGACAUGUCACUCAGAAAAAAGGUCUUCCAACAGUUUGGUUAAUGAGAAACAUUGUAGAGUGGAUCAAAACUGUGAUUCUCAUAUGACCGUCCACACAGGAGAGAAAUCAGUUAGCUGUGACGAUUGUGGUAAAAGAUUUAAUCAAAUGAGAGAUCUUAAAAUACACACACGAGUCCACACAGGAGAAAGACCAUUUGAUUGCAGUGAGUGUGGCAAAAGAUUUAGAUAUCAAGGAAGUUUGUAUGUACACAUGAGACUCCAUGGUGGAGAGAAACCAUUUUCUUGUAAUAAAUGCGGUAAAAGGUUUAACCUCAAGACAAAUCUUAACAGACACUUAAGAUCCCACACUGAAGAGAAACCGUUUAGCUGUCACAUUUGUGGGCAAAGAUUUAACUAUAAAAGAAAUCUUAACAUGCACAUAAGAGUGCACACAGGAGAGAAACCUUUUAGUUGUGACGAUUGUGGACAAAAAUUUAACCAAAACAGAGAUCUUAGGAGACACAUGAGAGUUCACACAGAAGAGAAACCGUAUGUCUGUGGCGAUUGUGGUAAAAAAUUUAGUUAUCAGUGUAAUCUGAAGAGACACAUGGCACUUCACAAAGGAGAGAAACAUUUUGCUUGUGGGGUUUGUGGUAACAGCUUUAACAGAGAGGGGAAUCUAAAGAUACACAUGAGAGUCCACACAGGAGAGAAACCAUUUGGCUGUGACACUUGUGGUAAAAGGUUUAACCAAAAGAUACAUCUUGAGACGCACAUCAGAGUUCACACAGGUGAGAAACCUUUUGACUGUGAGUUUUGUGGCAAAAGAUUUAGACACCAGUGUAAUCUAAAGAUACACAUGAAAGGUCACACAGAAUAGUUUAGUAAUAGAUACAAAUCGAAUUUCAGCUGUUCCUUUAUUCACAAGCGGUUGCCACAGUUUUUACACAUACCCUUGCUUACGCAGUUGUUCCACAUUUUUUUCAUGUUACAGUUUUACUUCAAAAUGUAUUACAUUUAUUUUUCACCUCAAAAUUCUACAAACAAUCAUUUAAAAUCAAAAAGCAAAAUAUAAAAUGUACAAAAAUAUUCACACCCUGUGCUGUGACAAUCAAAAGGAAGCUCAGGCAGCUGAGAGAUUAUGGCAAAAGGGCUUUAGUCAGGGAGGUGACCAAGACCCCAAUGGUCACUCUGACAGAGCUCUGGUAUCGUUCUGUAGAGAAAGAAGAAGCUUCCAAAAGGACAACCAUUUCUGCAGUACUCUACCAAUCAGGCCUUUAUGGUAUAGUGACCAGUCAGAAGCCACUCCUUAGUAAAAAGCAAAUGACUGUCCACCUGGAAUUUGUCAAAAGGGACCUGAAGGACUCUCAGACCAUGAGAAACAAAAUUCUCCAGUCUGAUGGAACAAAGAUUGAACUCUUUAGCCUGAAGGUCAUGUGUGGAGGAAACCAGCCAACAAUCAUCAACUGGCCCAUACCAUCCCUACAUUAAAGCUGCUGGUGGGGGCAACAUCAUGAUGUGGGGAUGUUUUCAGCGGCAGGAACUGAAACUAGUCACAGUCAAGGGAAAUAUGAAUGCAGCAGUGUUUAGAGAUACCUUGAACUGAGGUGAAGACUGAUCUUCCAACUAGACAGCAAUCCAAAAAAACUUGAGGCUGUAAUUGUUGCCAGAAGUGCUUCAAAGUAUUGAAGAAAACAUGUACAUGAGUAUUCACAGCCUAUAUUUUUCAUUUUUUAUUUGCAAGAAUUUUGAGCAAGCAUUUUUCACUUUGUCAUUAUGCGGCAGUGUUUGUCGAAUUUAGAGGUGAAAAAUGAAGUUGUAACAUAACAACAAGGAGCAAGAAAACCACUGUGAAUACUUUUCAGGUGCUCUGUGUGUCUCUUCCCAGGAUCAAAUCUGAAAACUACUACACUAUGGAGACAUUCAUAAAUUAUAUGAAUAAUAGAGUAAUAUAUAUAUAUGAAGCCAUUUGGUUCUGUAGCAUAUUUUGAGAAACUCCUUCAACAUUUUUAACCUUAUGUUUUUAUGAGUGUGUGACACCAGAUUAUUAAAGCAACUUCAGAUGACAAAGUUCUCUCCAAUCUGUAUAGGAUUGAGGGUGUAGAGCAGCGGUCCCCAACCCCCGGGCCUCAGACCGGUAUCGGUCCGUGAGUCGUUUGG